ACAUUGUGUAAUUUUCUUCUUUUCAAAUGAUCUUAUGGUGUUUGAGCGAAAGGGGAACGAUGAAAAUAAAACAUUGAAUAAUUUAACUGCAGGAAAUUUUAUGCGAAGUGGUAUUUUUUUUUGCAUUCGGAGCAAGGAUGUGUGCAAUUUACUAAAAUAUACAGUGUACGCAAAUAACAGGAAAAAUAGCCUAGCACUUUUAGAUUAAGGCAAAUUAAAGUUCCAUAAUACAACAGAAGGGAAGUUAAAUAAUUCAGAUUAUAAUUCAACCAUGGUUUUUGCAACCAGAAAUAACAUACUUUGUGCAGCUCUUUUUACUCUGCCAAUAUGUUUUGGGAGAUUUUUUUGUUGUUGGAACCAAGAAGAGAAGAAUUUACUGCUGGAUUUGGUAUCAGUAGCCGGAAUUAUGGUUGGAUUAUUACUCCUUGAUAUUUACCGUCUGAAACCAGAGCCAUCUUAUACAUUCAAAACUUUGAUAUUACAUUACGCUUUCCUAAAAAUUACACAAAUACUCGGAUUUAUUAUGCUGAAACGAUUUAAUAAGCUAUGCAAAAAUAGCAAAGAUCACCAAGAAAAAGUCUUAAAACAAAUCUUAACACAAAACAAGGACACACUAUUUUCAAAGGAUCAUGGUCUAGAAAAUGUGACCUCCGUCGAAUCGUUUAGAGAAAAAAUGCCACUUACGACCUACGAUGAAUACCGGAAGUAUGCAGAAAUGAUAAAAGAAGACGGUGCAGAAGAUGUUUUGUUUCCAGGAAAAGCUUUCUUUAUAGCACUUACUUCUGGUACUACUUCCGGGAAAAGCAAGGCAUUUCCGAAAAACCCUAAAGCAACAUGGAAGGUGGCUCCAUGGCUUUUGAUAAUGCACUACAAGAUGAUUUUCGCAACUGGAAACAAUUUCCUUAGCAAAUGGCUGUAUGUAAAGGUUAUACCGAAGAUGAUCACAACUAAAUCUGGACUUGAAUCUGGACCGAUUUCAGCUGUAACAUACAAAAUUAACUUCCCGUUUUCGGUCAUACCAAGCGCCUUAGUGCACACUGAAUAUGAGUCUCUGUAUAUUCAUUUAGCAUUUAGUCUGAUAGAAGAUAAUGUGUUAUGUUUUUCAACAAUGGUUUCCAGUACAGCGUUAUCUAUGUUUUCUAUCUUGGAAAAGGACUGGGAAACUCUAUGCAACGAUGUAGAAAACGGAGCACUUUCAGAGCAUCUGAAUAUCCCAAUAUCUGAAAGGACCCGAUUAAAUAGUUUGAUGAAAGCACGUCCAAAGAGAGCUGCAUUACUGAGAAAAGAAUUUGCGAAGGGGUUUCAGGAUAUAGUUUCAAGAAUAUGGCCAGCAUGCCCAUGUCUUCUAGCGUUAAAAACCGGCGUCUUUGAAACAGCGGCCAACAUUGUACAGGAAAAAUACCUGGGCAAGCUUCCUAUUGUAAGCUUAGUUCACAUUGGAACUGAAACAUUUUACGGCGCGAACAUUAACCCUAUGGCGGAGCAAGAUGUUAGAUAUGUACCGUUGUUACCAGUAAACUUCUUCGAGUUUCUGCCUGCAGAAGAAUAUGGAGAGAAGACGCCAUCUACCGUUCUAGCUCACCAGGUUGAAGUGGGGAAAAUGUACGAAAUUGUCAUUACAACAUUUGAUGGAUUAUGCAGAUAUAGGACUGAGGAUGUCGUUAAAAUAACAGGCUUUCAUGAAACGACGCCAAUGUACAAGUUUAUGUACAGGGCUGGUGAUAUUUUAUCAGCUAAUUUAGAGAAAGUACCGGAGUUUCUCCUUCAUGACGCCGUGUAUGCAGCGGCUACCACGUGGAAUAAAGGUUUUGUGGAGUUUACAAGUUGUGAGAGUGUACAUGUACAACUGGCUUCACAGACUUCAAGUGACAGUUUUGAGCAACCAAAAUAUGUUGUAUUUAUCGAGAUGAAUGCAGCACAGAGGUUAGACGAACAAGAAAUUAAACAGGUGGACAUUGAGCUUUGCUCAAGACACGCUGUUUAUGCAGCCAUGCGCCAAAAUAGCAAACUAGGACCUAUCAAACUUGUCCAGAUGAAAACGGGCGCCUUCAACACCAUCAAAACGCUGAUGUUACAAUCCAACCCAGAUGCAUUUUGCAUGCAGUAUAAAUUACCGCAAAUCAUGAGGAGGGUUGACAUUUUAAAGGAAAUGUUGAACUUGGAAAUAUGAAACAUGUUUACUCCUUGUACAGUUUCUGGAAUUGCUGAAUACAAAAAACCCAAACAAUUGUAUACUUUAUUUAAAUGACGAGA